AUGGCCCGCCGCGCCGGGCAACCAUACCGACGAACCUUCAAGAAUGGCCAAGCGACGUACCAAUCUCGCGGCAAACCGAGGACCAUUGACGCAUCAAGUCUCCGCAGCACCGAGCUCACAUCCCAAAAUGAGAAACUCGAAUCCACGCGUCUCGCGCAUCGCAUCGAUGAGUCUAUGGGCUUCGCGCGGUAUGAAUCCGGCAAGAGAAAGGUCGGAUGGCUGUGUAACAUGCACAGUACAAGCGUAGAAGACGAGAACAUACCCGGAGGCCGCGCUGGCGUGGACUUCUACUUCAUUGGGGAUGAGGGGGACACUUUCAAGGCGACGGUGGAGUACGAUCCGUACUUCUUGAUUGCGGUAAACAGGGGGAAGGAGGCAGAAGUAGAGGAGUGGUGUCGCCGAGGAUUCGAGGGACUGGUGAAGGAAGUCAAGCGCGUGGAAAAAGAGGAUCUGCAGAUGCCGAAUCACCUGCUUGGAUACCGCCGAACUUUCUUGAAGCUCUCUUUCGCGAACGUUAGCAAUCUGCUAGCAGUACGGAAGGUUGUAAGCCCGGUUGCGGAGAAGAACAGAAAGAGGAUGAAUGCGAUGGAUACCUAUGCCGAAGUGGCCAGCGCGAAUGCGGGCUUCGACAUAUUUGACGAAGAGCACGAUUAUGACAGACGACCCAGGGGUAUUACGGACGCGAGCGAUUUUAUUGUUGAUAUUCGAGAGUACGACGUUCCUUACCACGUUCGGGUUGCAAUUGAUAAAGAUAUCCGCAUUGGCAAGUGGUAUACCGUUGAGGCAAAACACGGUGUUAUCUCCUUGACAUGCAUAGAGGAGCGAUUACGGCGAGCGGAUCCGGUUGUUAUGGCUUACGACAUCGAAACCACAAAGCUUCCGUUGAAGUUCCCCGACGCGGUAAUAGACCAGAUCAUGAUGAUUUCCUACAUGAUUGACGGCCAGGGUUUUCUCAUCACCAAUCGCGAGAUUGUUUCAGAAGAUAUCGCGGACUUCGAUUACACCCCCAAGCCGGAGUACGAGGGUCCUUUCAUGGUCUUCAACGAGCCAGAUGAGAAAACGCUCCUGGAACGGUUUUUCGAACAUAUCAAGGAGGCCAGGCCAACCGUUAUGGUGACCUACAACGGUGACUUUUUCGAUUGGCCUUUCGUCGAGGCAAGGGCUAGUGUUCUAGGCAUAGACAUGUAUCAGGAGAUCGGCUUCCGGAAGAACAGUGAGGACGUCUACCAGUCGGACUACUGUGCGCAUAUGGAUGCUUUCUCUUGGGUGAGCCGAGACAGCUAUCUGCCGCAAGGUAGUCGAGGUCUCAAGGCAGUCACAGUGGUCAAGCUGGGAUACGAUCCUGAUGAGCUGGAUCCAGAACUCAUGACUCCUUACGCCAGCGAACGACCUCAGAUCCUAGCAGAAUACUCUGUCUCAGACGCUGUAGCAACUUACUACCUGUACAUGAAGUAUGUGCACCCGUUCAUUUUCUCUCUGUGUACCAUUAUCCCACUAGGUCCGGACGACGUCCUACGGAAAGGCACCGGUACGCUCUGCGAGAUGUUGCUCAUGGUUCAAGCAUAUCAGAAAGGCAUCGUCUUGCCGAACAAGCAUCAAGCGCCAAAAGAAGCCUUCUGGGACGGACAUCUGUUGGAGUCUGAGACUUACGUCGGCGGCCAUGUUGAGAGUAUCGAAGCCGGUGUCUUCCGGAGUGACAUACCCUGCAACUUCGCCUUAGACACAACGGCUAUAGACGAGCUCUUGCAAGACCUGGAUGCCGCGCUCAAGUUCAGCAUUACGGUGGAAGAGAAGAAAUCCAUGGACGACAUCACGAACUAUGACGAGGUCAAGGCUCAGAUUGUCGACAAGCUGAUGCAAUUGAAAAAGACGCCAAACAGGAGUGAGCGGCCAUUCAUCUACCAUCUGGAUGUGGCGUCCAUGUAUCCGAACAUCAUGACUACGAAUCGACUCCAGCCAGACUCCAUGAUCCAGGAAUCAGACUGUGCGGCGUGCGAUUUCAACAGGCCUGGCAAAACGUGUGAUAGGCGUAUGCCGUGGUCAUGGAGAGGAGAGUUCCUGCCCGCCAAACGAGACGAGUACAAUAUGAUCCGGCACGCGCUGAAGAGCGAACGGUUCCCUGGACGGUAUCCAAACUCUCCACCUAGGACGUUCGAUGACCUCUCAGUCGACGAGCAGGCUAGCUUCGUAAAGAAGAGGUUGCAGGACUAUUCCAAGAAAAUCUACCACAAGAUUCACGAUGCGAAGACUAUCGAGCGUGAAGCGAUCAUCUGCCAGCGAGAAAACCCAUUUUACGUGGACACGGUCAAAGACUUCCGAGAUCGUCGGUACGAUUUCAAAGGCAAGCAGAAGCUGUGGAAGGGCAAGACGGACGCUUUGAAGGCUUCAGGCGCCAAGCCAGCAGAGAUUGAGGAGGCCAAGAAGAUGAUUGUGCUCUUUGACUCACUGCAGCUGGCCCACAAAGUCAUUUUGAACAGCUUCUACGGCUAUGUCAUGCGCAAAGGAUCUCGAUGGUACUCUAUGGAGAUGGCAGGUGUCACUUGCUUGACCGGCGCCCAUAUCAUCCAAAUGGCGCGACAGCUCGUUGAAAGAAUCGGCAGGCCGUUGGAAUUGGACACCGACGGCAUCUGGUGCAUGCUCCCCGCGACUUUUCCGGAGAACUUUGCCUUUAAGCUGAACAAUGGCAAGAAAGUAACCAUAUCCUACCCUUGCGUUAUGCUGAACCACUUGGUGCACGCCAAAUUCACAAAUCAUCAGUACCAGACGCUCGUGGAUCCGGCGACCUUCAAGUAUGAGACGCACAGCGACAACACGAUCUUCUUCGAAGUUGAUGGCCCCUACAGAGCAAUGAUCCUUCCGACAUCGAAGGAAGAGGACAAGAACUUGAAGAAGCGCUAUGCAGUCUUCAACCACGACGGCAGCUUAGCCGAGCUGAAGGGCUUUGAGGUCAAGCGAAGAGGAGAACUGAAGCUCAUCAAGAUCUUCCAGACCCAGAUAUUCAAGUUCUUCUUGGAAGGAUCCACGCUUACGGAAACAUACGCGUCGGUUGCGAAGGUCGCCAAUAGAUGGCUUGAUGUCCUGCAUCAGCACGGUUCGACGUUGGCCGAUGAAGAGCUGAUUGACCUCAUCUGUGAGAACAAGAGCAUGGCGAAGACUCUCGAGGAGUAUGGGGCCCAGAAGUCGACCGCGAUCACGACAGCCAAGAGAUUAGCUGAGUUUCUUGGUGAGCAAAUGGUUAAAGACAAAGGUCUGAAUUGCAAGUACAUCGUCUCAUCUCGCCCGAAGAACGCGCCUGUCACAGAACGGGCAAUCCCUGUAGCAAUCUUCUCGGCGGAGGAGUCAGUAAAGCGAUACUUCCUCCGCAAAUGGCUGCGCGAAGACCCUGGUGACAUGGAUCCUCGCUCAGUCAUCGAUUGGGAAUACUAUCUUGAGCGAUUGGGUUCAGUUAUUCAAAAAUUGAUCACCAUUCCAGCGGCGCUACAGAGGGUCCGCAACCCAGUUCCCAGGGUCCCGCAUCCAGAUUGGCUUGAUCGCAGGAUUAGGACGAAGGAUGAUGUCUUCAAGCAGAAGAAGAUGACCGACAUGUUUGAGGCGAAGAAACCGCUGGAUGAGGCCGAUGUCAACACGCUACAGAACAGAGCCAUCGACCUCGAGGAUUUCGGCGGAUCACAGCUGCAGAAGCCAAAGAGAGGUGUUGUUACCAAGAUGGUUCAGAAGCGAAAAGCGCCUGAGCCUGCAGUGCCAGUAGCAGCAGAUCCUUUUGCCACGUUGCCAGCAAAGAUGCCAUCGAUUACGGAGGACUACAAAGGCUGGCUGGAGUACCACAAGAAGAAGUGGAGAAUGCAGAAGGUAGCCAGGAAACGGCGGCGCCAGCUGUUCGGAGAAAAGCGAACAGACGCCUCAGAUGCCAUCGGCAGCUUCUUCAGAAACCAGGCCGAGUUGCUGUACAUCAGCACUUGGCAGCUUCUCCAGCUUCGGGAGACCGACACGCCGGGAGAGGUGAAGGCUUUUGUUCUCAUUGGCAAAAAGGUGCACACCCUGAAGGUUAUCGUACCACGUCAGAUAUAUCUCAACCUCCGCGGCGAGGAUUUGCCGGACGUCUCUGUUGACGGAGUCGAGGUGGAGAAAGUGGUCAAUCACACGCUACCAAACGGACAUCCCUCAGUGCACCUAUUCAAGCUUACAAUGUCAGAGCAGGUGUACGUGGGCGAAGCGAAGAAGCUCGCCAUACUCUUCAACCAUCCUAGCGUCGAGGGAGUAUACCAGAAGCAUCUGCCUCUCAACCUCCGGGCUGUACUUGAACUCGGCAGCAUAUGUACCUUCGAUGAGAGCCAGAAGGGUGUCCUUGGAAAAGGCCUGGAGCAGGGCUUCGAUCUCUCUGCACUCCGGCGAGUCCCAUCAACCCAGCCGUACUUGGCUGCAGCCCCGCUGAGCUUCCUCUACCUAUACCACGUUAUCAUUGGCGAGCGACAGAUCUUUGCUCUUUUCUCCACUAGCAAAGAACAGGCGCAUGUUGUUGUCCUCAACAGGUCAAGAGAUGCGCAGGGCUUGCCCAACGUCGACAAAACAUAUCGAGACCAAUUUACACGACGACUGCAGGAAGCGGGCGGCGAACAAUGGCAAAGUACCAUCCAAUACCAGGACAACAUACACUUCAAGACCGUUCAGGUGACGACGAAGCGGAAGGCGCUGCUCGAAGUGGAAGACGCGAUCAAGAAGAUGCGGAGAGAUGAGAACGGAGCUACGGUGCUGGCUAUACAGUCACAGCAACACCGUAUGCUCACGCAUGAUAUUCCUUCGCUCAGGGACUAUCCCAUCUUACCUCUGAGAGUCGAUGAGGCGGACAAGAAGCUACCGCCUAUCGGCUGGCAGUCCGUCAUAGCUAAACGGCUCGUCCAUAAUUACCUCGAUCUGGGCCAGUGGAUCUCUCAUCUGACUGAGUUAGCUCGCUACGGAGACAUACCUCUUUGCAACCUUGAAAGGGACGAUCCGCGCUUUCUCAUUGACGUCGCGUACGCAAGACGGCUGAUGAAGGAGAACGUCGUGCUUUGGUGGUCAGAUGGUCCUAAACCAGAUCAUGCCGGCUACGAGAAGGAUGACGUCCUGGGUCCACUGGAGAUUGUAGAGAUGCCAUCAAUCAACAACCCGGGAACCUACUCCUCGGUGUGCAUAGACUUGGAGGUCAGGAACCUUGCCAUUAAUACCGUCCUGUCUUCCUCCCUCAUCAACGAGGUAGAGGGCUCAGAUUCCGCUUCCUUCAACCCUGCCGCUCCCGCUGAUGGCGGCGCCGCUGAUGGCAUGAACGUCAUGUACUCCGACAACGCAUUCGCUUCAGCCGGUAUCACAGUGCUGCGCGAGAUGGUGAAAGCGUGGUGGACGGAGGCCGAGAAAGGUGGAUACCUCGCAGAUGUUAUGGUGCAACACCUAGUACGAUGGGUGGAGAGCCCAGGCUCCUUCCUGUAUGACCGAUCUCUUCACUACUACGUGCAGAUGAUGUCCCGGAAAGCAUUACAGCAACUGAUGACAGACUUCCGCCGGGUUGGAUCGCACAUCGUCUUCGCCAGUGCCAAUCGUCUGUUACUCCAGACCACCAAAGGGGAAGUCGGUAAUGCAUACGCAUACAGCCAGUACAUUCUGAAGACCGUCAAGGCCAAGCCUCUCUUCGCGUUCCUUGACCUCGAGAUCAAGGAAUACUGGGACUACCUCGCGUGGUACGAUAACUUCAACUACGGCGGCAAAGGCUGCCGCGAAGUCGUCGAAGCGGAGAACCAGACGCUGGACACGGUGAUGCAUUGGCAGCUCGCAACCUUCCUGCCUCCGAAGCUCCAGCUCAUCUUCGAAGAACACAUCAUCGAAUUCAUCGACCUGAUGCACGAGCGCAAGCGGCCACCCCCGAUAACCAACGGCACCACUUCCACCCCCCGAGCCACCCAGCUAUCCUUCCGCCCUCUCACCAUCGACCCAGAAGACAAUACCCAAGAGCUCCCCCGCACCUUCACCGACCCCCUCAAGAAACGCACCACCAAGCUCCUCACGACGCACCACAAAGAAAGCGCGCACGCCGCGCUCGCCGACGAAUGGGCCUUUCCCGUGCUCCCCGGCUCUCAUCUUCCUUCCACCUCCCUUUCGAACCCAGUCCUCCAGCUCGUAAAAAGCAUCAUGCAAGUGCUCUCCCUCGACAAAUCCGUCACCCUCGCCGCGCGCCUGCUGCGCAAGGACCUGCUCUCGCUCUUCGAAAUCCGCGAGUUUAGCGCACAGGCCGCGUUUGUGAAUCCGUCGGCUUCGCUACCUGUGAGGGGUGUUAGUUGUGAUGAGUGUACUGCCGUGCGAGAUCUCGAUCUAUGUCGGGAUGCGGAGCUGUUUCCGGUGCUCGCUGCGUCCGCUGAUGGAGGCGCGGCGGCGCAGGUGCCGAGGUGGCAGUGUCAUAAUUGCCAGGCGGAGAUUGAUAAGUUGAGGGUGGAAGAGCGGUUGGUGGCUGAGGUGCAGAGGGUUGUGGUCGAAUGGUGCACGCAGGAUGUUAAGUGUGGAAAGUGUGGGAGGUUGAAGGGGGGAAAUGAGUUCAUGGAGCAUUGUGGUUGCUCAGGCGAGUGGGUUGGGACGAGGAAGUCGGAGGGAGUGAGGGAUAGGUUGGCCGUCAUGGAGCGGGUCGCUGGCGUGUAUGGGUUUGGACUGUUGGCAGCCGUGAGCAAAGAGGCGCUGGAAGGGUUGUAA